CUGCUAAAUUGCAGCAUGGAAGAAGAUCACAGGAUAAAUUGGAUAAAACAUGUCAUAUCAAACGUUCUGGGUGUUUUUGAUGCAAAGUUCGUUAAUCCUUUAAUAGAAGAAAACUAUAAGAAAUUUUGCAAUUUUGUCAAUACUAAAGUUCCCGAAUCUGAACAUAAAUUUGAUGCUAUCGUUGUUUUUGUAUGGAGAACGUUUUACGAUAAACUUGUGGAAGAAGAAGUUACUGUACUCGAAGAAGUUUUUCCUCCUCCAGUCGUUGAAACGGAUAAGAAGGACAAAAAGUCUAAGAAAAAAGAUUUAAAAGGAAAAGCAAAACCAUCUGCUAGGGAUGUUACGGAAACAAAAACUGAUCCAGAAAGUGGAAAAAGUUCCAUUCCAUCAGCAAAAAAAGCAACAAAGUCCAAAAAGAAAAGUAAAAAGGCAAAAGUACGAGAUACUCCUCCUGAACCUGUUUACGUUGAAGUUAAGAAAAUAAUUCAAAGUUUCGUAAAAACGCCUAUACUACACUGUCACUUUGGAAGCAUCAAUGCUACUCAUUUAGAUACCUCCAUGAAGUAUAUUUAUAUAAUACGGAACUGUAUAGAUCCAAUUAAUAAAUAUGACGACCGUGAAGAUUGCUUUAUGAACAUGCCACAACACUUUUAUUGUGGAUCAUUGAAGGGAAGCUUAAUUGAAAACUUAAAAAUGGAUUUGGAUAAGGUUUACGACAAAGUCAUUAAAUAUCAUUUUCAAGAACCUGUGACGGUAACGUCAAGCCAACCAUUAUCGAUGGUUACGCAAGAUGAUACAUACACUAAUAAAACCAAAACCAUGGGACUGUUAGAUUUAGCAAAGCCAUCUGAGUUAAGAGCAUUAGCUGUAAUGAAACAACGAAAGAAAAUUGAAAAGCUUAAAAAAAAUCAGGAAGUAUUGAAGGAAAAUGAGGAAAAAAACGAUGACGAAGAAGAAAAUAUAGAAGAUAACACUACUGCAGUUGAAUCAGAAAGGUCAUCGGAAAUCUCAGGGCCAGUUGUCGAAAAAUUGUCAAUCUCUGAACGUUGGGAAAAUCUUCUUGCUAUUACACAUACGAAAGCUUUCGAACAUCACAAAGAGAAGAAAAGUGCGCACAAAAGAAAGUCCUUAUAUAUUUCUAAUCUGCUCAAUUGGGUGCAUGAAUUGUUUUCGGAAGUGAACUGGACUAUCGACCACAUUGUUUGGUCUUUCGAUCUCCCAACAGCUUACAAUGCACCUGGACAAGAAGACAUCGAAUUCGAGGAAUCAAAAAAGAAAAUUACAGUAGAUACACAGAAUGUGCUGUUAAGUUCAUUAACUCAAAAUCAGCUGGAAGAUAUAGUACAUGGUUGGAUGUAUCAUGUUAAAAAACAGCUUAAGGAGCUUAAGGAAAAGCAACUUGAAGAAUUCACUCCAAUGGCCGAAUAUAAACUUUGGUAUCUGAGAGAAAUGGAAACUUAUUCUAUUUUAGAAGAGUUAAAAACUGAUUUUGUUUUAUCGGUGUUAAAUAUUCUUGAAGCGAAUAAUUCACCAACUAUUAAGAUUUGGAAAGAAUUCAUUGCGGAUAUGGAAACAUAUUUUAAGUUAGCAAAAGAAAACUCUGAUUACCUUUCAACUAUAAAGGAUUAUCUUGAAAAAAUUCGUUCCUAUAGUAAUUUCAAGUUUAUGACGCUUCUCCUGCCCGACUUAAUGGUGGGACUUAAUCAUAUUUGGACUAUGUCAAGUUAUUAUAGCCUGGAUGAAAAUAUGCAAAUACUUUUGAAUCAAAUCUCAAACGUGUUUACAGAAAAGAUUAAAAACAUUGUUGCUCUUGAUGAAUUAUUCAAAAACCCAGCCAAAAUAACCUACGAGACAGCAAGAAAUUGUUCUAGUUUUCUAUUCAGUUGGAAAAGUUCCUACAUGGCAACACGUGCAAAAAUUGAAAAUUCAGGUGUGGGAUCACGGUGGGAAUUUGAUAAAAAAAUUCUGUUUAAUGAAGUUGAUCACAUAAGUCGAAUAAGUCAGGAUAUUGCAUACAUUGCAAAAGUUUUUGUGCAAUUUGAAAACCUUUUUGGUUAUCGAUUGAAAUCAAUCCUCAUCGAUCCAUCAAUUGUUGAUACAAUUAUGGAAAAAUUGUACUGUGUUUUAGGAGACAUUAUGCGAAUAGAUUAUGACAUAUUUCGUCCGGCAAACUGGGAAAAUUGGGACGACACAUUUGAUGGUUUUAAUCGAAAAGUUAUGAAUAUUGAAUCUGAAGCGAUAGCCGUGAUAGAUCAUUGCAUUUCUUCAUUAAGAUCUUCAUACUUAGGUCUUGCAUUAAUCAAUGACAUUCAUGAAAUUAAUACAAGGGAGAUAUUAACUGAAUAUAUAUCUGAAAAACACGAAAACAUCCUUCGGUUUUUUCUUACCGAAAUAAAUACUAUUCAAAAUGAGUUUACGAGAAAUAAAAAAAAACCUCCACUUGGUAAGUAUCAGCCAGCAAGUAUCGCAACUAUUCGCUGGGCUCGUUUACUGAACAUUAAAUUGAAGAUAUCAAUUUUGGCUUUCAAGGAGAUUGAAAAUGCUCCAAUUCUUAAGAACAGUUACUUAAAGCGAAGUACUUUUAAACAGUACUAUGAACUCGUUAACCAGAUGUUUUUAUUCGAACAAGAUAUUUACGACACUUAUACUCAGAAAACAACUUACAAUGUGAAUUCUGUAAUGCGGAAUAACAUUCUUCUAAUAGAAAUUUUUAAUGCUGAAACUGUGAAAGCUAUUGCACGUUCGGCUAAAGUAGCAUCAACUCGAAAAGUCGACGUAAAUAAAGACCAAGUAAAAGCUCUAUCGCCUAAAACUGUAUCUAUGAGGAAAAUAACAAAAUUUACUAUAAUUGCGACUUUGGUUCAAUGGCUUGUGAGUCGACCACAACAAAUCGAUGCUUUACUACCAAAAGCAAAGAAUUAUUUAAAAAUGAUGCAAACAAAAAAGGUGCUAAAACAACAUGAGAAAUUUUUAAUGAAGCAAUGUGAAUUAAUUGUUCGGGCAAAUAGUCAGGAAUAUAUACCAACAUGGAAAGAAAUGGUUGGUAAUCAGGUAUUAAUUGAACUUGAAAUGCAAUUUAAAGUUAAUAUUCCGAAAGAUAUCUUUAAUAUAUUGUAUGAAGGCCAAGAAUUCGAGCAUCUGGGAUUUCAACUGCCAAAGGCAAUUCGAACAGUUAUCAUGAGAAAAAAUUUAAUUUUUACUGAUUUUGAAGGCAUUGAAGGUGUUAUUAGUCAAUAUAACUAUGUUAUAAGAACACUUUCACCCUCAGAGGUUGAUUUUCUACGGGACCAUCUGCAUGAAAUUGAAGUAAUAAUACAAGCUGGAGUAAGCCGUUAUACUUGGCAAUCUUUUAACAUCCAAAAAUUUUCUGCAAAUAUUAAAAUUCUUCUAAGAAAACUGGUAUCGAUUGUGUCCCAAAUAAAUAACAUUCGUUUAGAAAUUAAAUCUCGCAUUGGUAAAAUGGAGAAUUUUAAUUUAUUUAAACUCGUUGAAUCAAAUGAAAACACCUCAAGUGGAUUAUUUAAUCAUGAACUUUUAAAACCAAGUCAAAUAGUAGACAAUGAAGUUAAGAACAGGGAAAAGAUUCAUUCGUGGGAAGAAUAUUUGAGAAGAUUAAGAGAAUCACGAAAUGAAAAAAAUGCUCAGAUGAGAAAAAUUAUCGACUCUCUUGGUCCAGUGUUAAUAAAAUUGGAAAGCCUUGUUUUGGGAACAUUUACUGGGCGUUCCGAAAAAAUGAAAGAAUAUUAUGUGUAUUGGGAAAAGGAAACUUUUGACUCUAUUUUAAGGUACACCCAUAAAAACUUUGAAGUAUUUUUGAAUUCUCUUUUGGGAAAUGUUCCCACUUUUGAAAUCCAGGGACUUCUUUUGAUGCCCGAAAUUGCUCUCCACCCAAGUGCUUCAGAACUUCAAAAUAUUUUCGUUGAAUCAGCAAAAAACUUCCUAAAAGGAAUAAGAGUUCUUAAACGAUGGAUGAGUGGGACUUGCAUUUCAUGUCCACCCGUAGAAAGUAUGGGACGAAAUUAUGUAUUCACAUUUUAUGAAGACGUUCUCAAAGAAGAGGAAGUUGUGGCCUUGACGAGAAAUAUUCAAAGCUUGGCAAACAGAGUGGUUGAUGAGGCUCAAAUAUAUGUACGCAGAUUUAAAAAGUUCUACGGAUUAUGGUCAUUUGAUAAGGCUGCAAUAAGUGAAAGAUUUGUUAACUCUGGAGUACCCUUAGUGCAAUUCGAUGAAAAGUUUACCUUCUUCGCAAAAGUUAUCGACGAAUUGCGUCAAUCAGAAACAUACUGUGAUGUUCGUUGCAUCCGCAUUAAUGUAAAACCAAUAUUGGAAAGCUUAGGUGAGCUAGCCUUAGAUUGGAAAACUACCUUAGGUGAAAUUUUAGCUACAAAAACACGGAAUAAAAUGAUUGAAUUAAGAAAUGAAAUAAAGAAUCUCCAAAUGAAUUUACAAAAAAGUCCAAAAAAUCUUAAUGAUUUUAAAAUUGUAAUGGCAGCAAUUGGUAAAAUUCAGUCAAAAACAAUAUCAAAUCAACUGGAAAUAACUAAAAUCCAACAAAUUUAUACAAUUUUUAGUGAACACAGUAUAAAGUUCAAUCACAAUGACAUGUUAAUGAUUCAUCAAUUAGAAAAACGAUGGAAAAGAAUAUAUAGAUCUUCCUUGUACCGAUCAUUUAAACUCGGACCUAUUAAACAAAAAUUUGCGGAGAUUGUUUCAAAGGAAAUAAACAUUUUUUUGGAAAAACUGCAAAAUUUUAUCGAAGAUUUUGAUCAGCAUGGACCUGGUUCGGUUGGAGCUGAAUUAGAAAAAGGCUUGAAACUUCUUGAUGUUUAUGGAGUGGAAUUCCAAAAUCUAGAAGAACGCAGGAUUGAGUUGUCGAAUGCAGAAAAACUUUUUGACAUUCCGGUUGUAGAUUACAACAACUUUAUCAGGGCGAAAAGUGAUUUUGAUGGACUGCAAAUUAUUUACAAACUUUAUAGACAACAGAAAAUUGCCCGAGAAACUUGGUCUAAAACUUUAUGGGUUGAUUUAGAUCCACAAAUUUUAAAUGAUGGUAUUGAGAGUUACUUAAAGGAAUUUCGAAAACUGCCAAAAAAGGUACGGGAAUUGAUAAGUGGCCAAAUGCUAGAACUUCAAAUGAAACAGUUUAGAAACUCAGUACCACUCAUGGUGAGUUUGAAAAACGAAGCUUUAAGAGAACGCCAUUGGCGUCUGCUGAUGCAAAAAACCGGUAAAACCUUUGAUAUGUCUGCUGGUACAUUCACUUUGGAAAAUAUGUUCAACAUGCAACUGCAUCAAUACCAAGAAAUUGCCGAAACUAUUCUCAAUAAUGCCUUGAAAGAACUUUCGAUUGAGAAAGGUUUAAAAGAAGUCGAAGAAACUUGGUCGGCUAUGACAUUUACCGUGCACAAACAUUUUAAAGGAAAAGUGGACCGUGGCUAUAUUCUUGGUACAGUUGAAGAAAUAAUGCAAAUUUUGGAUGACAACUCCACAAGUCUCCAAUCAAUGGGUGCUUCACAAUUUAUUGGGCCAUUUCUCCAAAAUGUGAAUAAGUGGGAGCGAAACUUAGCUCUUAUAUACGAAAUUAUUGAUGAAUGGACGAGUGUUCAGCGAAAAUGGCUUUAUCUUGAAGGCAUAUUUCUGGGUGGCGAUAUACGGACCCAAUUACCAGAUGAAGCUAAAAAGUUUGAUGAUAUAGAUAAGCUCUAUCGACGGAUAAUGGUGGAGUGUGCUAAAAACCCACUAGUUAUUCAAGUUUGUAGUAUUGCCGGGCGUUUGUCAGAUUUUCAAACAUUGAACUCCGGAUUAGAAGGCUGCCAAAAAUCCCUUAAUGAGUAUUUGGAACAGAAACGUCGUUUAUUUCCAAGAUUUUAUUUCAUUUCCACGGAUGAACUUUUAUCUAUACUCGGUAGUAGUGAACCUAUGGUAGUACAGGAUCACAUAAUAAAGAUGUUUGACAAUAUUAAAUCUCUGCGAUUUUCAAAAGACUCUAUAGACCUAAAUAUAAUACACGGAAUGAUUUCAAGCGAAGGAGAAAGUAUGGAAUUUCGUAAUAUUGUUAUUGCACAAGGUCGUGUUGAAAUAUGGAUGAAUGAUGUACUCAAGGAAAUGAGGCACACAAAUUGGUUCAUAACAAAAACAGCAAUCGAAGACUAUGGAAGGAAAUCCGAACUCACACGAAAUGAUUGGAUUAUGAAAUACCAGGGAAUGGUAGCAUUAGCUGGCAGUCAGCUCUGGUGGACAACCGAAGUAGAACAAACGUUUGCAGCCAUACAAAAAGGAAACAACCAAGCAAUGAAACAUUUUCUUCAAAUGCAAAAUAAGCAAAUCACAGAAUUGGUUCUUAAAGUAAGAUCAGAACUCUCUCGUAACGAUCGACUUAAAUUCAAAACCAUCACAACUAUUGAUGUCCAUGCUAAAGAUAUAAUCGAGUCAUUUGUGCGGGAUAAUAUUUUGGAUGCCCAAGAAUUUGUAUGGGAGAGUCAAUUACGAUUUUAUUGGUUGAAACAAUUUGAUGACUUAUUCAUUGUUCAAUGCACCGGUCGCUUUAAUUAUGGCUAUGAAUAUAUGGGCCUGAAUGGUCGUUUGGUCAUUACUCCACUUACAGAUAGGAUAUAUUUGACGAUUACUCAAGCACUUGUUAUGAAUAUUGGGGCUGCACCAGCUGGACCAGCUGGUACGGGGAAGACGGAAACUUGCAAGGACUUGGCCAAGGCGAUGGCUUUACUUUGCAUAGUCACUAACUGUGGUGAAGGUAUGGACUUCCGAGCAGUUGGAAGUAUUCUGGCUGGCCUUUGUCAAUGCGGAGCUUGGGGAUGCUUUGACGAGUUUAACCGCAUAGAUAUUUCUGUAUUAAGUGUUAUAUCCACGCAAAUUCAAACAAUUAGAAGUGGUUUAUUAAAAAAAUCUGAAAUGCUUAUGUUUGAAGGUGUUGAAAUUAUACUUGAUGCUAAGGUUGGUGUUUUUAUAACAAUGAAUCCCGGGUACGCUGGACGAACAGAACUUCCAGAAUCUUUAAAAGCGUUGUUCCGACCAGUAACUUGUAUAAAACCGGACCUUGAGUUAAUAUGUUUAAUAUCUUUAUUCUCUGAUGGUUUCUUAACAUCAAAGAUUCUGGCAAAGAAGAUGACUGUUCUCUAUAAACUUGCUGAAGAACAGCUAUCAAAACAAUGCCAUUACGAUUGGGGAUUGCGAUCUUUAAACUCAGUUCUAAGAAUGGCCGGGGUAAUGCAAAGACAGUCUAGUGAUCUACCAGAGUCAGUUGUUCUAAUGCGUGUACUGCGUGACAUGAAUUUUCCCAAAUUUGUAUUUGAAGAUGUGGCUUUGUUUUUAGGUCUUAUUAAGGACUUAUUUCCUGGUAUUGAUUGUCCUCGUGUGGGGUAUCCAGAAUUUAAUACUGCGGUUGAACAUGUUUUAAGAAGCGAUGGCUAUAUUAUACUUUCCGAUCAGGAGGACAAAGUAAUUCAAAUGUAUGAAACCAUGAUGAUGAGGCAUUCAACAAUGAUAGUGGGACCAACAGGAGGUGGUAAGACCGUUGUAAUAAACACUCUGAUAAAGGCACAAUGCUAUCUCGGGCUUCCUACUAAGUGCAUUACCCUUAAUCCAAAGGCGAUUUCUGUUGUUCAACUGUAUGGAUACCUUGACAUGAAUACAAGAGACUGGAUUGAUGGCCUGUUUUCAAAUAUAUUUAGGGAAAUGAAUAAAGCAGCUACUAAAGAAGAAAGACGAUAUGUUUGUUUCGACGGAGAUGUCGAUGCACUUUGGAUUGAGAACAUGAACUCUGUAAUGGAUGAUAACAAGCUUCUAACGUUGGCGAAUGGAGAACGCAUAAGAUUAGAGUCUUAUUGUGCCCUAUUGUUCGAGGUUGGCAAUUUGUCGUAUGCCUCUCCAGCUACAGUAUCUCGUGCAGGAAUGAUUUAUGUAGAUCCGAAAAAUCUUCGAUAUGCUCCCUAUUGGCAAAAAUGGGUACUCACUCGACCAAAUUCCGAGCAUAAUUUUCUGGAAACUAUGUUUGACCAAAUUCUUGUUCCCACCAUGAUGUUUAUAUUUGAGGGAGUUGAUGGCACCCAACAGGGAAAGCCUUUGAAAACAGUUUUACCACAAACUGAACUCAAUAUGAUUGUUCAGUUUUGUAAUGUAUACGAUGCAAUUUUUCCACCGCCUAAAAUAAUUCAGGAUGAGGAUGAACCUUUCGUGGAUUAUGAUGUUAAGACGUUGGAAUGCGGUUUUAUUGAGUGCAUGUAUGAAUCGUUGGGUGCAUGUCUCGUUGUAUAUGAUCGGGAGCGUUUCGAUGAGUUUGUAAAAAGGAAUUCUGGGUUCAUUUUAAUCCAGGAUUCAAAAACAAAACCUGCUUCUGACGGCGAACUUCCAACUGAAAAACAAACUCUUUUUGACUAUUUUUUUGAUUGCGAAACAAAUAAAUGGACUGCAUGGGAAUGGAUAGUGCCGGAGUAUGAUCAUGACCCUAGUAUUAAAUUCAGUGAUAUUCUAGUCCCUACGAUUGAUACGAUGCGAACUAAUAAAAUUUUGAAUCUGAUGAGUAUUAGAAAAAGACCUGUCCUUUUAAUUGGCGGUGCAGGUUCUUCAAAAACGGCAAUUAUACGAAAAUAUUUAAUGGAAUUGGAUACUGCUUCUUAUGUUAUUUUAAAUGCAAAUUUUUCUUCACGAACAACUUCAUUAGAUGUUCAGAGAACAAUUGAAGGAACAGUGGAAAAACGAACAAAAGACACUUAUGGCCCUCCAAUCGGAAAACAGGUUGCUUGUUUCAUUGAUGAUAUGAACAUGCCAAAAGUUGAUGAGUAUGGCACACAACAACCUAUUGCACUUCUUAAACUGCUCUUUGAAUUUGGUGGAAUGUUCGAUCGCGGAAAGGAUUUAAAUUGGAAAAAAUUUAAAGACCUCACAUUUUAUGCAGCUAUGGGAUAUCCAGGUGGUGGACGAAACGAAGUUGAUCCUCGAUUUAUUUCAAUGUUUUCCGUUUUUAACUUGGCUUUUCCAAACGAAGAUUCCUUAAAGCUAAUCUACUCGUCAAUAUUCAAAGGUCAUCUGGUUCAAAAUAAAUUUCCGGAAAAUAUGUAUAAAAUUGCUGAUACCAUCGUUGAAAUAACGUUAUCAUUGUUUAAGAUAACUAUUACGGAACUUCCACCAACUCCUUCAAAGUUUCACUACAUAUUCAAUUUAAGAGAUCUUUCUAGAAUUUUUGGCGGAUUACUACAGAUACACCCGAAUUUUUUUAAACAAGCUCGUGAAAUUGUUCGGGUCUGGCGCAACGAGUUUUCAAGAUCAAUUUGUGAUAGAUUGAUUUCCGAAACGGACAUCAACUUAAUGAAAAAGCACAUGGAAACAGAAGUAGUUAAAAUUUUUACGCCAACAUUUGAAAUAGACGAAGAAUUUGUCUCUCCAAAAACACGCACCACAGAAGAUGUAUAUGAUUCUAACAUGGAGGCUGGUGAAGAAAUUAUGCCGAUGGCUGAAUAUAUUCUCCGAGAUCCAUUACUCUUUGGUGAUUUCCGCAAUACGUUAAAUGAAGCUGAACCUAGACAUUAUGAAGAUCUUCUGGAUUAUAAAGCAAUUUUUUUCUUAUUUCAAGAGAUAAUUGAAGAAUACGGUGAGCGAAGGGGAAAACUAAACAUAGUUUUAUUUGAAGACUGUCUUGAACACUUGACUCGUGUUCAUCGAAAUUUACGAAUAUAUCGUGGUCAUGUCUUGUUGGUUGGUGUCGGUGGGAGUGGAAAGAAAAGUAUUACCAAAUUAGCAUCUUUUGCAGCAGAUUGUGAGGUGUAUGAAAUAACUAUUGAUCGUGGUUACAAUGAAACUUCUUUUCGUGAAGACCUCAAACAACUCUAUUCCAUUUCUGGAGCAGAAGGAAAAAAAGUUGUUUUUAUUUUGUCUGCGGCACAGAUUGUAGAGGAAGGUUUCCUUGAAUUGAUAAACAACAUUCUUACCACUGGAGUUGUAUCAGCACUAUUUGCAGAUGACGAAAGAGACGCAAUAAUAGACAGUUGUCAGUCAAAUGCAGUUGAAGCUGGUUACGGAAAUGCAAGAGAUUCGGUGUGGGCCUAUUUCGUGAAUAGGAGCAAUGAAAAUCUUCACGUUGUGUUAUGUAUGUCUCCAACUGGGGAAUCUCUUAGAAAUCGAUGCAGAAAUUUUCCAGGAUUGAUUGGCAAUACAGCAAUUGAUUGGAUAUUUCCUUGGCCGAAAAAGGCACUUUUUGCCGUAGCCGAACUAUUUCUUACAGAACAUCCCAUGAUACCUGAAUCUCAUCGUGAAAAAAUUAUAGGUCACGUAGUACAUGUUCAUGGAUCAAUGGAUUUCUAUUCUGUAGAAUACAAGGAAAAACUACGCCGAAGAAACUUUGUUACUCCGAAGCAUUAUUUAGACUUUAUAAGUACUUACUUAAGACUCCUAGAACAAGAAAACAACUUAAUUAAAACCCAAAGCAAUCGUCUACGAGAAGGAGUUUUGAAAAUUGAUGAGGCUGCUGAACAAAUCGAUCAACUACGAAUUAUAGUAACUGAACAAAAGAAGAAUGUUGGAGAAGCAUCGGCAAACUGUGAAGUGAUGAUGGCCGAUAUAGAAUCUUCAACCCAAACGACCAACAUCAAAAAGGCAGAAGCGUCCGAAAAAUCCAUAGAAGUGGACAUAAAAGGCAAGCAAAUUGCAAUUGAAAAGGCUGAUGCUGAAAUAGCAUUAUCUGAAGCUAUGCCAGCACUCGAGGAAGCUCGGCGUGCUUUAGCUAACCUCGAUAAAUCCCAAAUAACUGAAAUUCGUUCCUUUGCAACCCCACCGCCACAAGUACAAGUCGUUUGUGAAUGUGUUGCUAUUCUCAAGGGACUUAAGGAAAUUAAUUGGAAGACCGCCAAAGGUAUGAUGUCAGAUGUUAAUUUUCUUAGAAGCCUCAUGGAAAUGGAUUGUGAAGCGUUGACUGCAAGGCAAAUUAAUGCGUGUCGGGCGCAUAUGAAAUCAGCACCAGGCCUUGAUGAUAUGGACAAAAUAUCACAGGCUGGUGCAGGGCUUUUGGGUUUCGUUCGUGCUGUAAUUGCCUUUUUUGAAGUUUUUAGAGAAGUAAAACCUAAGAAAGAACGUGUUGACUUCCUUGUACAAGAGCAAAACCUUCAAAUAAAAAUCCUCAUUAGGUUAAAUAACGAAAUCACUCAAUUGGAGGAUACACUAGCAGCCCUUAAUAGCAAGUAUGAAGAAUCAAUUAGACAAAUGAAAAUGCUAACUGAAAUGAUGCACCAAGCUGAAAGAAGAUUGGUUGCUUCAGACAGACUUAUAAGUGGCCUUACUUCUGAGCGCAGCAGGUGGAGCCAAGUCCUCAAAGACUAUAAAAAUAAACAGUUUCAGUUAGUAGGGCAGUGUCUUAUUUGCUCGUCAUUUUUGGCUUAUACCUCAGCCUUUUCAUGGGAGUUUCGAAAAACGAUGAUUUAUUCAGACUGGCUCAAUGAUUUACGAAAUCGAGAAAUUCCAAUAGCUGAUGACUUCAACUUAGCUAAUUGUCUUUCUACAGAAGUAGAAGUGUCUGAUUGGGUAUCCAAGGGCUUGCCACCAGAUGAACUUUCUAUUCAAAAUGGAAUUCUUACCGUUCGCUCAUCUCGUUUCCCUCUUUGCAUAGAUCCCCAGGAACAAGCCCUUCAUUGGAUUAAAAAGAGCGAAACCCAGAACAAUUUGAAAAUUCUAUCAUUUUCCGAUGCGGAUUUCUUGAAACAAAUUGAAUCAUCUGUAAUGUAUGGAAUUCCAGUAUUGUUUCAAGAUGUUGAUGACUAUAUUGAUCCUGUUAUUGAUCCGAUACUAGAAAAAAAAAUUAGUUUUGGAGGUGGUCGAAAGUUUAUUGUUCUUGGAGACAGGGAGGUUGAUUACGACGAAAACUUUCGCUUAUAUUUAACUACCAAAUUCGCAAAUCCCGUUUUUGAUCCUGCAGUUUAUGCAAAAGCUAUGGUUGUCAACUACAAUGUCACGAGUUCAGGACUUGAAGAUCAGCUCUUAAGCAUAGUUGUUCAAUGCGAACGACCAGAUUUAGAGGAACAACGUGAAAAGCUUAUAUUACAGACAAGUCAAAAUAAGUUACUCCUGCAGCAAUUAGAAGAUUCGCUACUUCGUGAACUUGCUACUUCCACAGGUAAUAUGUUAGAUAAUAUUGAGUUGAUUGAAACAUUGGAGAACACCAAAACAAAAGCAACUGCAAUAGCAAAACAAUUAAAAUUGUCAUCCGAAACAGUUUUCGACAUUGAGAAACUUCGAAACUGUUAUCGUCCGGUUGCUAAUCGUGGAGCAAUUUUAUUUUUUGUAUUAUCUGACAUGUCAACGGUGAAUUCUAUGUACCAGUAUGCUCUCAACUCUUUUUUGGAUGUUUUUGCUUAUUCAUUGAGGAAAUCUUUUCCCGAUUCGAUAAUCCCCAAGCGAAUUGCCAAUAUUAUAAAAACACUUACUGAAAAUGUCUAUUCUUUUGGUUGUAUGGGUAUUUUCGGAAGGCACAAACUUUUAUUUUCAUUUCAUCUGGCUACCCAAUUGGAACAAAAUAAUGGGAACCUGCAGCAAUUGCAGCUAAACUUUUUUAUAAAAGGGUCAGUUUCGCUGAAAAAAAGCGAAACAAAUUGUCCCGCAUCGUGGAUAACUGAACAAAAUUGGAAGAAUAUUGAAACUCUAUCUAAUGAUUUUCCAGAGCAUUUCGAAAAACUAGCGGAACACAUCGAACGCAAUUUACAUGAUUGGAAAGAGUGGUUUGAACUUGAAGAACCAGAACAAAAACCAUGUCCCGGAAACUUCCACGCAGAAUGCAGUUCUUUUGAGAAACUGAUGCUACUUCGUUGCUUUAGGGAAGAUCGAGUUUUUCUGGCAAUCAACAGUUAUAUCACAGACGCAAUGAAUGAAUUUUUCAUAACUCCUCCUAUAGUAAGCCUUGCAUUCAUCUACGAACAAUCAACAACUAAGGUACCAGUUUGUUUUAUCCUGAGCGCGGGAUCGGAUCCAACAAAUGAUCUUUUGAACCUAGCAGCACGUUUAAGUCAAACAAUUAGUCACAUUUCAUUAGGACAAGGACAAGAAAAGUCUGCUCUGAGCUUACUUGAUCUGUGCAUGCGCCAAGGUCAGUGGCUUUUACUACAGAACGGUCACCUACUUAUAAGUUUCAUCUAUCAAGUGGAAAAAUACUUAGACAAAAUUGACAAUCCUCAUCCAGAUUUUCGUCUGUGGAUAACAACAGAUCCAACACCAUCUUUCCCCAUUGGAAUUCUUCAACGAUCGCUCAAAGUUGUUACUGAGCCACCGAAAGGACUUAAAUUAAAUCUCAACACAACUUUCUAUAAGCUAGAAGAUGAUAACUUUAACUCUUGUGCGCAUGUGGCCUUUAAGCCUCUAGUUUAUGUCUUAGCUUUUUUUCAUGCUGUUGUUCAAGAACGUCGAAGCUAUGAUAAACUUGGAUGGAAUAUUAACUACGACUUCAACGAGUGUGAUUUCGAUGUUUGCAUAAAUAUUAUGAAAACAUAUUUAAACAAAGCAUUAAAUGCCAAGAAUCCUCGUAUACCAUGGGAAUCUCUGAAGUAUCUGAUUGGAGAGGUUAUGUAUGGCGGUCGGGUUAUUGAUGAUUUUGAUCGCCGUAUCGUUUUAACCUAUCUAAAUGAAUACAUGGGUGACUUCAUAUUUGACAGUUUUCAGCCAUUUUACUUUUUUAAAGACGAUGACUUCCAGUAUGGAAUACCAGAUGAAAUGGAGCAUGUAGAUGAUGUAGCUGCUUAUGUAGACCAGCUUCCAUUGGUAAACACACCCGAAGUCUUUGGAUUGCAUGCAAACGCAGACAUCUUAAAUUAUACUCAAGCAACUAGAAGCAUUCUUAGUCAUUUAAGUGAUUUACAACCACAAACGGGUGAAGUAUUGAGUGGCACCAGUCGCGAUGACUUUAUUGAUAUUAUAGCAGCUGAAAUUUUAAGUAAACUUCCACAAUAUUUUGAAGUUUGGCGAAUAAAGAAAACGUUUCAAAUGAACAUCACACCGACAAACGUCGUCCUACUACAAGAACUUGAGCGUUUUAAUUUACUCACUCUUCGUAUGCGGAAAACAUUGGAUAUUCUACGAAAGGCUUUGGCUGGUGAGACGGGAAUGGAUAAUAUGCUCGAUGAAAUCGCUAAUUCUUUAUAUAAUGGAAAGCUACCAUCUUACUGGGCUAAUCUGGCUCCAGCUACAUGCAAGCAGCUUGGAGGCUGGAUGGAACAUCUAUUGAAUCGUGCAAAACAGUAUCAUUAUUGGUCAUUAUCAGGAGAACCCUUGGUCAUAUGGUUAGCUGGACUUCAUAUACCCGAAAGUUACCUCACCGCUAUUAUUCAGAUAGCUUGUAGAAAAAAUGGAUGGCCGUUGGAUAAAUCCACCUUGUACACUUAUGUUACAGAUUUUAUUGAUCCGGAUGAUGUUGAAGAAAGGCCUCCAAGAGGUUGUUAUGUGCACGGAUUGUUCAUUGAAGGCGCUCGAUGGGAUUCAAAUGCGAAAGCAUUGGCUCGAUCCCAUCCAAAAGUUCUCGUGGAAGACCUUCCUCUUUUAGCUGUUAUCCCUAUCGAGGUCCAUCGGCUUAAACUGCAGAAUACGUACCGUGCUCCAGUAUACACAACAUCCUUAAGAAGAAAUGCGAUGGGAAUAGGAUUGAUAUUUGAAGCGAAUUUAGAAACUCACGAAGAUCUUAGUCAUUGGGUGCUUCAAGGUGUUUGCUUAACACUUAAUAGAAACUGAUUAAGUUCAAUAAUAUUAUUAUAUAAUUUUUGUUUUAAUUGCUUGUAAUUUUUAACGUUCAUUACUUAUAUAAAUACAUUUGAAAAUAAAAACUAAUAAAAUUGAAUUAUAUAAAUUUAAA